AUGACAGAACAUGUCAAUCGAACGUUAAGAGUACUGUUCCCACACGAAUUUCCGGCCGUUUCGAAUACUUGUUCCAAAUUCCCUCAUCUUGGAGUAUCAGUACGAUGCGCUUAUCCUGGACUGCUUAUAGAGGUACGUUUAAUAUUCAAAACAAUGUCAAUAACAAGUGUCGCUUUAGAUACUGAUAAUUCUUACCGACCACAUAAACGUCACAAUAGAGCCAGUAGUAGUCGAUGAUACAAAUUAUAAUGGCAACCUAGUCAUUGGCACUAUAGUACGUCAAUUUUUACCCUACCCUACCCUACCCUACCCUACCCUACCCUACCCUACCCUACCCUACCCUACCCUACCCUACCCUACCCUACCCUACCCUACCCUACCCUACCCUACCCUACCCUACCCUACCCUACCCUACCCUACCCUACCCUACCCUACUCUACCCUACCCUACCCUACUCUACUCUACCCUAUCAUACUGUGCCUUACCCUACCCUACCCUACCCUACCCUACCGUUUCGUUUUAUAAUGAUAUUUUUAGUCUGGUAAUAAUGUGACAGGUAUAAUGAAGUACGUGUACGAUGGAUUUGUAGAUACGAUAGCCUACCCAUUUCAAAGAACUAUUAUACGAAGGCAGCUGUUUGAGUUUAGUGACACUUUAUAUAAUGUAAGUUCUUUAUGAAGGGAUUUUUUAAGUAGUAAACUAAGUUUUUGUAGUUUUGUUACAAGUAAACACACUAUGGCGCUUGUUUCUUAAAAUGGAAGUUGAGUGGAAGAUUGCAAAAUACAUUACAAAUCUUCCACUCAACUUUCACUUCCAAAAAGUGUCAAAAAAGUGUUUUAAGGCGGCCUUAAAACAUUUUUAAAAAUGGAAGUUAAGUGGAAGAUUUUCCGUGCAAAAUACAUUACAAAUCUUUCACUCAACUCUCACUUUCUAAAAUGUUUUAAAAAGCUAAAAGCUUUAUAUAAAAACCUCAUUUUAAAAAUAUUUUUUAUAAAAAAAUUUUCAGAGUGAAUUAAACAUUCUCCGCCGACGCGUAGACAUAAGCGAAGACUCGUUAUGGUCGUUCUUUACCGUAUACGACCGUGUCAGCUAUGUUGUAAUGGGUGUGAUUUUCUCAUUACAAGCCCUAUUCUACUUGGUUAACGAGUUUUGUGCUGGAGAAUUGCAAAAGAUUGGCUUCAGGCAUAUUAACAAUGUGAGACGGCGUUCUGAAGUACAGGUUUUAUUGUAUAAACUGCCUAUUUUAAAAAUUUUUUUUCUCUAUAACAUUAAUUUUUAAUUGGUAAUACUUUUUUUAGAUUUUUUAGUUAUUGAUUUACUUUUUUUUAACUGUAAACAAAGUUUUUGCAGCUUUAAUGAAUUUAGAAAAAACUUGUUUUUAGUCGUUGUGGAAUGCGCUCAAGCUGCAGUUAGGAAUGCCAAUUGAAGUAUCAUGGAGAAGUUACGGUGGUAUGUUAUAUUUUGAUAUAAGGCAUGGCUUAGAGGGCUUUUAUUACGCUUAGGCUUAUUAAUAGAAAACUAAAGAUUAAUCUUAAGCUUAUGAUUAGGCUUAGGUUUAAGCUUAGGUUUAAGUUUAGGCUUAGGCUCAGGCUUAUGCUUAAGCUUAGGCUUAGGCUUAAGUUCAGGCUUAGGCUUAGGUCCAGGCUUAGGCUUAGGCUUAGGCUUAGGCUCAGGCUCAGGCUUAGGCUUAGGCUUAGGCUUAGGCUUAGGCUUAGGCUUAGGCUUAGGCUUAGGCUCAGGCUCAGGCUUAGGCUUAGGCUUAGGCUUAGGCUUAGGCUUAGGCUUAUUCGUAAGCAUAGUCUUAGGCUUAACCUUAGACUAAGGCUUAAGUUCAGAACUAGGUUCAAACUUAAGCUUAGGCUUAAUCUUAAGCUAAGGCUUUAAAUUAUGCUUACGUUUAAGCGUAUACUUUGGAUUGCUUUAGGCUUAAACUUAAUCUCAAACUAGGCUCAGACUCAGGAUGAGGCUUAGCAACUUAAGAUUUUGUAAUGAUUAUUAUGCUUUAGCUCAGCAGACUUUGCAAGCGUAACUUUAAGCUUGAUUACAGUCGGACUUAAACUUGUUAGGAUAUGGGUUCACCGCCUAUUGAGAUAUUUGACCAACCAGGCAUGGUGGUCAAGAAUGUCGAGUCCGCCCGACCCAAUGAAAAUUCAAAAACUUUGGAUUCGCGCGACUUCUGUGUCUGUCUGUUCGAAAAGGGGUUUACCCUCCGUUUUCGAGUAUAAAUCCGAUAAUUGAAUAAUUUAUCAAAAUUUACUUUCACAAAAUAUAACAAUAUAACUUAAAAAUCACAAAUUAAACAAAAAUAGAAUAGAUUGAUAACCAAUACAAGAUUGUAUUAAAAAGAUGACAGAAGUGGCUACAAUAUGUACUCUGACUAUUCUAAUCAAUGAUACAACAAUAAACACAAAUAAAACCUUCUCUAACACUCCUUCUCAAUGAUACCGACACUUUUCAAAACCUUUAUGGUCUUUUAGGAACAUAAAUUUUCAAAUUUCAGCCAAAUUCAACAUGGUGUUCGUAUCCAUGCUGCAAGGCGUGAUCCUAAUGGGCGUCUACUCUAGUUGGAUUUUGACUCAAAAGUACGCGGACGAUGUUAAAAAUGAUUUACAGACCCAUAACGAUCUGAUACGACAGAUAUCGACCGGUAAUCGGUACUUUGCUGAUGGUACCGGGCAUCAUUGGUUCUAUGAAGCCAUUAACCAUAGCACUAUGUUUCCUUACGCUGACUUGAGAACGGCCAUGAAAAGUAGGUCGUAGUGGUACUGUUGGUACUGUUUUUGGAUUUUUUGGUUGAAAGUGUUACUAAUGGUACUGUUUUUGAAUUUUUUAGUGGGAAGGGAUCUUAAGAGUACUGUUUUAGUUAUAAUGGUACUGUUUGAUUCUAAUAAUAUUUUUUGGUGUUACUAGUACUGCUUUAGUUAUAAUAGUACUGUCCUUGUUAUAAUGGUGCCGUUUGGUUCCAAUAGUACUUUUUGGUGCUAAUAGUACAGUUUGACUUUUUGUAAUAAUCUUGUUUGGUUUUAGAGUUUCAAAUAGUACUAAUGGUACUCUUUUUUAAACUUUUUAAUAGUGGUGCCAAUAGUACUGUUUUUUGAAUUUUUUGGUACUAUGUGGUAAUAGUCGUACUAUUUGUUGUACUUUUUAUAAUAGUGGUGCUAUUUGUAAAUCAACACUAAAAAACGUAUUAACAAUAUAUUUUUUGGUACUAAUCUACAUUGUUUUUUUUUAAGAUACACCACUAGUAAUAACCGGAAACAGCCGGCUGGCACUAGAACGAGCAGCUUCUGGAUCAGCUCUGGUAGCUGUAAUGGAAGACGAACUGGUCAAUUUAAGGGCAAAAAAGUAUUGCAAGUACGUGAAAAACCAAAUUUUUAAGCCCUAAGGUUCCAAAAUGUCAUUUUUUGUCCAAAAACGACUAAAUUGUAAAAAGUGGAAGCUGAGUGAAAGAUUUGUAAUAUAUUUUGCACUGAAAAUCUUCCACGUAACUUGCUUUUUGAAAAAGUCUUAAAAUUGCUUAAAAAUGAGUUUUUAACAAGUUUUAGAAGUGGAAGUUUGGUGGAAUAUUUGUAAUGUAUUUUGCACUGAAAAUCUUCCACCCAACUUCCGCUUCUAAAAAGUGUCAAAAGCGUGUUUUUAAGCCAUUUCAGGCUUUUUUAAAAGUGGGAGUUUGGUGGAAGAUUUUCAGUGCAAAAUACAUUACAAAUCUUCCACCCAACUUUCACUUUUAAAUAAGGUUCAAAAUGGAAAAAUCUGUAUUUCCAGCCUAAUUCCAAUGGACCAGCCGAUGACCGUGGCUACAGUACACUUACUUUUUGCCAAAAACAAUUCGUUUUUCCCACGGCUAAACGAAGCCAUUGAGUUGAACCGGCUGUCAAUUCAGCGGGUGUUCCAAAAGUACCUGGAUUACGGUGACAGGAUACGAGACUGUAAUAAGAAUGGUCAAAUGCAGACUAAAAAGCCGUAUUAUGGGUUGACAUUGGUUUGGAUGGGGUUGUUGUCGACCGCUUCGAUAUUGUUUGUGAUGGAAUGUGGUUAUUAUUGGAUUCGAGUCAAGAUUCGAGUUUAUCAGAAAUAG